UCGGAGACUUCGGAGAUUGUGAACUUUCGAAGUCUGAAUUCCAUUUUUUUUUUUUUAUAAUUUCUAUUCUUAUUGUUAUGUUGUACAUUUUGAGACUGCAUAAUUCUGUACUUUCUUAGUUGGAGAAACUACAAAUCAGUUUAUUUUGAUGAGGCAUGAAAACACAUAUUCAUGUAAAAUUGGUGGCCGAGUUCUUUCGGUGGUGUACCUACGCUUUUGAUUGUCACUUUUGUAAGUUCUUUAAGCUCAUGAAAGAUGUCUGAUGGAAGUUGCACAUUUCCAAGUUCAAAUUUUGAUAUACAGUGUGGUAAACUUUGUACCGAAGCGGAUACACUUCAUAACGGAACGUUAGUGACCCUGUCCGAAAGUUAACAAAGGAGGGUUGUGUGUUAUACUGUAAACAACAGCCGUCGUGUCAUGUUUAAAAACACAUUUCAGAGUGGAUUUUUGUCAAUUUUGUACAGCAUUGGAAGCAAGCCCUUGCAAAUAUGGGAUAAGAAAGUGAGAAAUGGACAUAUAAAAAGAAUAACUGAUAAUGAUAUCCAGUCUUUAGUGCUGGAAAUUGUUGGAACCAAUGUUAGCACAACUUACAUAACCUGUCCAGCUGAUCCAAAGAAAACUCUUGGUAUAAAGCUUCCAUUUUUGGUUAUGAUCAUUAAGAAUCUGAAGAAGUACUUUACAUUUGAAGUGCAGAUUUUAGAUGACAAGAAUGUCCGCAGACGCUUCAGGGCAAGUAAUUACCAAUCCACAACACGGGUAAAACCAUUCAUUUGUACAAUGCCAAUGAGACUGGAUGAUGGAUGGAACCAAAUUCAGUUCAACUUGGCAGAUUUUACUCGCCGUGCCUAUGGUACCAAUUACAUAGAAACACUUCGAGUGCAAAUCCAUGCAAACUGCCGUAUCAGACGAGUGUACUUUUCAGAUCGACUCUAUUCUGAAGAUGAAUUGCCAGCAGAAUUCAAACUUUUCCUUCCAAUUCAGAAUAAAGCAAAAACUUAAAGAAUCACUCACAGGCUUUGCAGGACAUUAUGAAAUUAACACUGCAUAUGUAAUCUGUGAAGGCUUGAGUGUGGCCUGGACUGUGGAAAAUACAAGACAAAUAAUGUCAGGCAUCUUAAAAUAUUGAUGUUAUAUAAUUAUGAAAUGUAUUUUCAAAUUAAAUGUGAUUAAAUAUUUAUCUCAUGCAUUGUGAUUGUACUGGCUACAUUCUUUCACACGAGUUCAUUUCUGUUAUGAACAUGACACCUGGAAGGAAAGAAAUGGCAGCAUUUGGAGAUGUCAGAAGUGUCUUAAAUGUGACAGAGUGAGGUGACUUAACAUAAUCUCUGCUUCUGACAUGUCUGAUGAUGUCUGCAUCAGUAGUUUAUUUUUAGUUCCAGACUGAUUUGAUCUGGUUUUUUAAUAAUUAUUUUUAUACCAUGUAUCAUUUAAGAUUGCAGUAGUGUAUAAUUUUUGUGAUUUUAACCACGUUAUUAAUCUGCUUUGUAAGCUAAUGCUUGCAAGUAUUAAGUAGGUCACAGUGUUUGUGUUAGCUUUAUAGUCUGUAACUUAAAUCUGAAUUUGGUGACAGCAAAUAAAUUACAGUAGAUUGGUUGA